AUGAAGCUCUUACGACUUGGGCUCGUUGCCUCUAGUGUUGGACUCCCGUUCGCAUUAGGGGCAAUCCGCCGCGAUCUUAACAAGAGGAAUGUUGAAAUAGCUCAGAUUGAUCAUGACAGCCGCAUCGAUCAAAGAAGCCAGGAGAUCCUUUUCAAAGAGGCCGGCUCUGACUUUGAGGAUGUUUUCCGGUGCGCCGGAGGUACCGGCAAGCGUCUCACGUUCGACGCAGACCAAGUAUUCGUGGCAUGCUGUGCGCCAGGUCAGAGACUACUUGGGAGCCCUGAUACCGCAUUUGACUGCUGUGCUGAGGGUCACGAUUUAGUUGGAAGCGACCAUACCGGCUAUAAAUGCUGCCCUGUGGGCCAGUCCUACGAUGGUAUUAGAUGUGGCUGGGUUUGCAGUAAUGGAAAGGUUAUGGUGGAUGGCCAGUGUGCCUGUCCGCUGGGAACGAGCCCGGCCGCAGAUGGUGGCUGCAGGGGACCAAUAGGUUGCGAUUCUGGCAUCACUACCGGAAAAUGCUACGUCUUCAAGAUGGAAAACGGACAUACCUUCGGCUACGAUAGCAUACAACUACACUACAGCGCAGCCGACCACUCCAACCAGCACCGUAUCGGGCGCUUCAAGAUCUGCGGGAAUGAAGCCUGCACUAUAGGCCGCGCCGUGAACCCCAACGACCCCGUACAUAUCAAAGACGUGCAGGGGACCGCGCACCAGAGCUCGGAAGUUCAAGGGAGUCAGUGGCUUAAUGGAGCCUCGGACGGGAACCAUAUUGGACGAACCGCUCUAUAUGGCGAUUCUGGUGUGUUCACACUUACAAAGUGGUCAUGCGGCAAGUACUGUCUUGGGGGUUUCGGGAAAGGGAUCAGCUACGCGUUCCCGAGCGAGACCCCUUCCAUCACCUUUACCUUGGACAGACAAGCAUGUACACCUAUCGAGAUUCUCGAAGUGCCCUGCGAUAUCCAUAAAGCCGAGAAUAAUUGCAUGUGGGAAAAGGUACCCGGAAGCUGUGGUCCCGGAGACAGUAACAGUUGCCGCUGUUCUAAGAGUUAG